UCUCUCCUUUUAGUCAAUAUACUUGUCGCUCUGUGCUGCCGUGGUCAGUCCUGAAACUCGUUCGCGACGGAUGGAGGUUGACUUCGGGCUUCUUAUGGAGGGACCGUGAGACCAAAGGCGUUACGGUGGAGGCGAGAGUCGGCGUUUAGGGUUUAGCUUCGCCAGAUCCGGUUUUCCCCUUCUGAGAUCUCCGGCCAAAGCUUCUUGAUGUCGGCGCGUGACUAGGCGAGACAGCUCCUCCAUCUUGGAUCUACCUGUCCCCUGCGGCGGUGUGACUGUGGGAGGAAGAACGCGGCGGGCGGCGAAAAGAGGUUCGGCCUCGAUUUUCGAGAUCGACGCGCGGCACCGAUCUUGGACGACGGACUUAUCCUCCGAAGAAGAGGUCCUUGCCGUAGAUGCGUGGCGGAGAAGUGCUUAUCGGAUCCGGAUUCAGCAUGUGACUGGUCCAAAAUUAUGAUCUCUGCUCUCUUUGAAGCUGCGAACUGGAGUCCUUGUGUCGCUAACCGAUAUCAAAGCCCGACUUUCAUUCCGGACAGUCUCGUUCGGCUCAUGGCUUAGGGUCGGGGUGGUGCUGGCUGGAGGGAAGGAGUUUUUGGUCGAAAUGCGCCUUCUAGGCAAGGUCCUGUUAGUCCACGAGCUGAAAUCACACAAUAUGGAGACUAAUAGGCUGGAACUUUGUCGGAGACGACUAAAUCUCCUUAGUCCUACGGUUUCAUUACCAUCCUCGCACUUCAACGUAAUUGUUUUCGACCCGCCUUUCAGUACGGAGCUGUUCCGUUUUUAGGUUAGGAGCGAAGCAUCCAAACCGGAGGUGAUGAAUCUAACCAAGAAUGCACCGAAAGGUGAGAAGUGUUGGUCCCGUGCUCCACUCUUACCCUAGAGACCAAUGCUAAGUUCAAAUAUGUAACUUGGUUUUUGUUUAUCAUCAAUGGUGUACAAUGCUUUUGUCUCGUGUGGUUCAAUUAGUUGGUCUAAGAACCGGCUCUUCUUGGGUCGUAAGAAGAGUGUCGUGUUCAAUGGGGUUAAAAAUUGCAGCAAAGGUUUAGAUUGGUAGUGUAGGAUCCAUGUUAGUGAUUCUAGAUGAUACUAAUCUCUUUGUUGUAAGUGUGGUUGAAACACUAUUGUGGUGUAAAAUCAUGUGUAUCCUUCUUUGGUUAAUGAAAAGUGGAUGUUGAGUUAAAAAAAAAAAAAAAAAAAAAUAAAUCAUGUCAGGAAAAAACAACUGGCAUAUACUUAUUGGCAAAGAAUAAAAAUUUAAAACGGGGUCCACAACAUACACAUAAAAACCAGUCUGUGUUCACAAUCUAUCCAUCUCUCUCACCUUAUUCACUUUCUCUCUCUAAAGCAACUACAUUUCUAUUCCUUCUUCGUCUUCCUCACCCUUUCAACGUUAAAGCUUCAGAGAAAAGAAAAGAAAAGAAGAAACCAUGAGCUCCUCAAUCAUGAAAACCCUUCAGAUUCGUAAACCCGCUUCUCUCCCCGUGUCUUCCACCACCACCGCCGAUAAUAACGAACCGGGUCUUCUCCGCCGUCGUCUCUCUUCCCUCUCCUUGAAUCUCUCUCGUAACCAGUCUUCCACCGAUGAUUUACACAGAUCCAAAUCUGUCUCUGCCACGGGAGAGCAGAGAGGUAGUGGCUCUGUGAAAGAAUGGUGGGAAUGGAGUUGGUCAUUGAUUCUCCUGAAGAAACUACCAGUCUUCUUCACGGAUCUUGAGUUUAACGAGAACCAAACCAAGUCAUCGUUGGGGAAUCAACAGAGAGGCGGCUUUGCUCAAGUGUUCUUCAGGCUCCGAUCUGAGAUCCGCCGUCUCCUCCGUACUUCAUCCUCCGACUCUCUCCCUCUCUCCUGCAAUCGAUGAUGUGGCAAUCUUUGGUCGUUGAAGGUUUUACACUUUGGUUGUGUGGUCGAUCUACUCAUAGUCUUUUAUAAGCAAAAAUGUCCUUCAUAUGUUCUUACUUCCAAUGUGAUUGAUGAAGUUAUUUGCUGUCCUUCCUAGAUUUUAUUAUUUUAAAAAACAUUUUUUUUGUUGUGAAGUGUAUUAUUUCAUUUGUUUUGUACUAAAAGCUAUGCAAUUAAACGUUAACCGUUGUUUCUUUGUUUA